AUGGACAUCAUCCACAAGCUCAACCCAUUCCAUCGCCCCUCCUCAUCCCUCCGCUCAUCACAUACCCCAACACCCACACCAGCUUUCUCCAAUGCCCGACCGUCCUCGUCUUUAGAAAGCGAUCAUACCUACCCUUCUAUCGAUUCUACCAUCCCUCCUCGUUCAUACGAGGAAGGCCGAUACCUGGCUACUCCCGAUCCAGUCCCACCUCUUUCACCCGCUAGGAAAACCGGACAUCAUCGUACGCCCUCUAUCCUCAGAUCAUUGGCACAUCAUCCGAGUCUCUCUGCGCUGAAGAAUAAAUCGAAGAAGAAACGAAAGGCCAGAGAUGAAGUUCUACCACCCUUACCUUCGCCUGUGCUUAUUAGUGGCAAUGGCGCUGAGAUGGGCAUGGUGUCAGAACGAAACAAGCUGAGGAAGAAUAGUCUCAAGGUUAGUAGGAGCGUACCGAGAGAUUUGAGGUUGAGCGAUGAGUACCAUGAAGAUCCAAUCCCACCUCUCCCACUUUUACCAUCAACACUUCACAACUCCCAGACUCGUUCUGCAUCAAGCGCAACAUCAAGAUCAAGAUCUAACUCCAUUACACCGGUGCUAAAUAAGCAAAUGUCAAUCCGACGUAAACCCGCUCCAUCACCCCAACUUGAAGAUAUCCUAUACUCCAACCCGAAAUUUCAUCACAGUGUGGGCAUGGGCCAUGACGAUUUCCACACACCCGAGAGUAUGAGAGUGAGAAUGCAAUUCGAAAUUGACUUAUCUACAAGAUCAACCUCGUUCGAUAUUGAUCAAAGUCCUUCUAUGUCAGGUAAGAGGGAUGGUCUAAGGCUUGGUGUGGAUAGUCCGAGAAGACGAAGGUACAUGAGCUUUGAUCAGAGAAUAAGUCCUGAGAACGGCAAAAUCCGAAACCUGUCUUCUCCCGCUGAUACACCAUCUCGACCGCCUCUUGCAAAUCGCUCGUACCCUGCUCCAAUCGCUGAUCGAUCCCACCUAUACGCCCAGUCCCUCUAUGCUGAUUCGACCACUUUCUUCUCGACUGACUUCGGUGCUCCACCGUCUCAAGCCCUUGAUUGGACUGAGGAGCCAAUUCAACAAGAUGCUUUCGACAUGUUUGUUGAUAACGGCACUCUGCCUCCCGGUACACCUGGUGGAAAGAAGGAGGAUCUGCAAAGAGGGGUAUUGAGCGACGGAGCAAAGCAUGAGAAAGACGCUGUGAGGUUUUUCUCAAGGGAUACUUAUCCACCUGUAUCGCCUUCAAACUCAGUGUCUCCAGAUACAACGCCCUCGAAACCACCGGCUAGAAUCUCACCUGCACGAUCGAUAGAUCACAGAUCGCCAGCCAAACAUAGAAGAGCAGAGUCGAGUCCUGCCUGUUCACCUAUCCGAAGAUUCCCUUCAAAAUCCAAGGAAAGCGAGUUUUCACGAGCCGCUAAGAGAUCCUCAUCACCUUUCGAAGUCAAACUAUCUGCGAACGUUACCAAGCGAAUGUCUUUGGAUGCUUUUGGUGCUACUCCAAUCACAUCAUGCUUCGGUGACGAUGCUGAUGGUAAUUUGGAAGAAGUAUUAGAACGUGAGGAUGAAGAGGAAGCCCAUGAUCACACAGAUCGUUCGUAUAGAAAUAAUGAUCGACUCCAGGAUGAGGGCUUGGAAGGUUAUGAAGCGCACGAAUUAUCCAAUAUCACAGAAUCACCUUUCUCAGAAGACCAUUCUACCACCUAUCAGAUAUCCAUAGUUGAUCAUACUCCCAUCAAUCAACAUACGACUACAGAUACGAGUACCAAAUUCUUCACUCCUUUUUCUCCCUCGCUUUCAGCUCAAGGAUUGCCUCUCCCAACAUCCCCUACUUCGCCAUUACCGUUGCUCCGAAAAAAAUAUCUCUCAGCACCUCCACUUUCGGUGACGAAUAGCUUGUUGGAAGCUCAUGCUGAUCAUACCAAGGCUUUGAAGGAUCAACUAAAAGCUGGGGAGUUUAUGAUGGACGUGUUGAAGUCGGAAAAUGAGGAGUUGAAAACUGUGAUGAAAAAUAUUAGACAGGAGAAGGAACAGCAGAUCAUCGAUAUGAAGAGUAGGAAUGCCGAAUUGGAGGUAUGGAAAGAGAAUUGUGAAAGUAAGGAUUUAGCCAUCAACCAGCUCAGACAAGCCAUGAAGGAGAACGAAGAGUUCUUUGAGAGGCUUCAAGAAGCCCAUGACGAACUUGCCGAUCGAUGUGCAGCUCUGGAAGAAGAGAACCUAUUGAUGAAGGUUGAUCAUGAUGCGACUGCAAAAUUGAUCCACAACCUCAAGAGAGAAAACGAGGUCUCGCAGGUGGAAAGUCAAAAAGCGAAAGGAUUAAAAAAUGAGAAUGAUGAAUUGGAAAUGGUGAUAUUCGAAUUGAGAAGAGAGAUGAAAUGGGCUGAGAAUCAGAUCGAAGUUAAGAAUAAACUUCUGGUAGAGAAGGACAAGGUGAUCGAAGAGAGGGGUAGGAUGAUUGGCGAGAAAGAGAAAGUAGAAGAGGAGCUUGGGAGGAUGCGAAGGGAGUUGGAGGAGAAGAAGGAGCUUCUCGAGAGGUCCCAAUUGGAAUCCCAACACUCUUCUGCCACUUUGACUGAAAGCUUGUCUGUGUCGUCGCAUCAGGUUGUAUCGAUGAGAGAACAACUCGUACAAAAGCAUAACAUUAUAGGACAUUUGGAAGAUGAUCUCAAAGAAUCACGGAAUCAUUUGACAGAUCAUCAAGAUAUCAUCCAAAACCAGAAAUCGCAGAUCAAAGAAGGAGAAAUGAGCAUACACGAACAGGAAUUCACCAUUUCCACUCUUCGAGAGCAGCUGGAUUCAGCUCAGCAAUCCGUUCAAUCGUUCAACUUGUUCCUCCAGGAGAAAGACGAGAAGAUCUCUUCUCUCUUGGCCGAGUCAUGCUCCCUGCAUGAUGGAGUCAAAUCGCUAAAGAUUGAAUUGGUUGAAAAGGAGAAGAUCAUCUCAGCAUUAAAAGAGGGAGUUGAGAUCGCCCGAUUUGAGAAGAACGAAAGAAGAUUCCAAAGCGAAAUUGAGAUUGGCCAAUUACAUGAACAAUUGGAAGAACUGACUAGAAGUAGUGCAGAGAGGGAAUGGGCGGGAAGACAGGGGACGGAGAUGAUUGCGAGGUUGAUGGAGGAGAAGCGAGUGUGGGAGGAAGAGAAGGAAGAGUUAAUCGAAAUGAUCAAUCAAAACUCUCAUGACGAAGAAUCGGCUUCUAAUCUCCGCGAUCAGAUUACCAAUCUUGAAAAUCAACUUUCCUCCCUAAAAUACCAUUAUGAAUCUCUUCAGUCCGAAUUGGAAGAGACUCGAUCGUCUGUCCAACACAAAAAUACCCUCAUUCAUGCUCAAGAAGCCGAGCUGGAAACUUUGAGGUUGACAAUACAGCAGAACGAACAGUCACUCUCGCAUACCACCGAAUCGUUUGAGAAACAACUGAAAGACUCUAUCAGGGUCGUCGAAAGAUUGAGGGAGAGAAUAGAAGAACUGGAAAUACAACUUGAAUCCCGGGAAAGGGCAUUGAAGGAGUUGAUAUUGAAGAAUGAAAAUGUCAAACAAACUGAAGAAGGUAUCAAUUCAAGUUUGAAAGCUUUCAUCAACGAGAUUGAUCAAUUGAAAUUAUCUGAAACCAAACUUCGCAACGAGCUGCAUGAGGUGAGAAAGGCUAGUUCGGGAGAUAUAUUCAAUAUGGAAGAAUUGAGGAAGAAAGUCAAAGGGUUAGAAGAGGAUAAAGAGUUUUUGAAUAUUGCUUUGCAAAGUAAAGAAUUGGAACUAGCUCUGUCGAAUCGAACUGCAGCUCAUUCGAAGAAGACAGUUCCAUCUACACCGUCCACAUCUUCUACCAUCAGAGGGAUCGGAGCAGGAAGUUCUUCAGUCAGGAAUUCAAUGUCGUACUCUACUUCCAGAAUACCUAAUACCCCCACACCUUCUACUGGUAUGGAUAAUACACCUUUACCUAGACGAUUAGCCACUUCCACUUCUGCCACUCCGAGUUCGGCUGCAGCUUUGAACAGGUCAAGAAGAGAGACGAUCUCGCAUUCGAGUACAACGAAUACUACCAAUCCCACAGGCAGUGCGCUAAAUAGGUCGAGGAGAGAUACUAUCGCCAGUGCUGGAAGGGUGGCACUGGGUAACAGUACCAAACAUAAUACACCUUCACCAUCGGAACAAGCCAAUAACACUCAAUCGAAACCGUCUUCAUCGAUUGAGAGUGGAUUAUCGACGACUGCAGGGUCUACGAUGAAGAAAGUGGAACGAAGGACUAGUCUUCCUGUGUUAGUGAGAAGACCAAGUAGCGUGAUGUCUUCUACUUCCAAGAGAGAGAGUUUAUCAAGAGUUGAUGAAGUGUGA